AUGGCAGGAAGGUACUACCAGGGGCAGGCCGGUGGCGGGGGCGCGUCCAUGGAGGUAGUCAGCACGCCGAACCAGGAGCUGGCCCUCACCAACUGCGCAUACGUCUCCCCCGCGGACCUCCGCCGCUUCCCCAACGGGCUCGCUCUCGUCGCCGACGCCUGGGUCUUCACCCUACGAUAUCCUUUUGUAGAUGGUCUUGUUAGUGUUAUACUGCUAUUUAUCAUUCUAAUGUUGUGCUCAGGUCCACAGUGUGACCAUUGGCGUCGGCAGGCAAAGGUUUCAGCUGGGGAUUCUGUUACUGUUAGCAGUUUUGUCCCCCCUGAUGAUUUCAAGUUGGCUUUGCUCACUUUGGAGCUAGAGUAUGCCAAGGCAAGAGCCAACCGAAAUGACGAGCUGGAUGCUGUUGUCCUUGCCCAACAACUGCGUAAGAGGUUUCUGGAUCAGGUCAUGACCUCAGGGCAAAGGGUGCCAUUUGAAUUUUAUGGAACAAACUAUGUAUUCACCGUCAAUCAAGCUUUGCUAGAGGGUCAAGAGAGUUCUACACCAUUGGAUAGAGGAUACUUGUCAAGUGAUACAUACAUCAUAUUUGAGGCUGCUCCUAAUUCAGGAAUUAAGGUGAUCAACCAAAAGGAAGCUGCUAGCAGCAAACUUUUCAAACAUAAAGAGUUUAACCUGGAGAAAUUGGGGAUAGGUGGGUUAAGUGCUGAAUUCACUGACAUAUUUCGUAGGGCAUUCGCUUCAAGAGUCUUUCCUCCUCACGUUGUCAGUAAGUUGGGCAUCAAACAUGUAAAGGGUAUAUUGCUAUAUGGACCUCCUGGUACUGGCAAGACUCUUAUGGCCCGACAAAUUGGCAAAUUAUUGAAUGGAAAAGAUCCCAAGAUUGUGAAUGGACCUGAAGUUCUGAGCAAGUUUGUUGGAGAAACCGAGAAGAAUGUGAGAGAUUUGUUUGCUGAUGCUGAAAAUGAGCAGAGGACACAAGGUGAUCAGAGUGACCUCCAUGUUAUCAUAUUUGAUGAAAUUGAUGCCAUCUGCAAGUCUAGAGGAUCUACCCGUGAUGGUACAGGUGUACAUGAUAGCAUUGUAAACCAGCUCCUUACAAAGAUAGAUGGUGUUGAGGCGUUGAAUAACGUAUUGCUUAUUGGAAUGACCAAUCGUAAAGAUUUGCUUGAUGAAGCUUUAUUGAGACCUGGACGAUUGGAAGUUCACAUCGAGAUAAACCUGCCUGAUGAAAAUGGUCGUUUGCAAAUCCUUCAGAUUCAUACAAAUAAGAUGAAAGAGAAUUCUUUCCUAUCUCCAGAUAUUAAUCUUCAUGAGCUAGCCGCACGGACAAAGAACUACAGUGGAGCGGAGUUGGAAGGUGUUGUCAAAAGUGCUGUCUCGUUUGCUUUGAACCGGCAGAUAACCAUGGAUGACCUCACUAAACCUUUGGAUGAGGAAAGCAUUAAGGUUACUAUGGAUGAUUUUGUGAAUGCACUUCAUGAAAUUACUCCUGCAUUUGGUGCUUCCACCGAUGAUCUCGAAAGAUGCAGAUUGCGUGGUAUUGUUGAUUGUGGCAAGGCACAUAAGCAUAUUUACCAGAGAGCUAUGCUCCUUGUAGAGCAAGUUAAAGUUAGCAAAGGUAGUCCACUUGUGACUUGCCUCUUGGAAGGUCCUGCUGGAAGUGGUAAAACAGCUAUGGCAGCAAGUGUUGGCAUUGACAGUGAUUUUGCAUAUGUCAAAAUUAUAUCAGCAGAAACAAUGAUUGGUUUCAGUGAAAGCAGCAAAUGCGCACAGAUUUGCAAGGUUUUUGAGGAUGCAUACAAGUCUCAGUUCAGCAUCAUAAUUCUUGAUGAUAUCGAAAGGUUACUGGAGUAUGUAGCCAUUGGACCACGUUUUUCAAACUUGAUCUCUCAAACUCUUCUGGUCCUCCUCAAGAGGGUUCCUCCUAAGGGAAAAAACUUGCUUGUGAUUGGAACAACAAGCGAGGUUGGCUUCCUAGAAACUGUUGGAAUGUGUGAUGUGUUCUCUGUGACAUACCAUGUUCCCAAAUUGAAAAAGGAGGAUGCCAAAAAGAUAUUGCAUCAUCUUGAUGUGUUCGAUGAUGGAGAUCUUGAUGCAGCAGCGGAAGCACUGGAUGAUAUGCCAAUCAAGAAGUUGUACACACUUGUUGAGAUGGCUGCACAGGGGCCAACCGGAGGAAGUGCAGAAGCAAUUUAUGCCGGAGAGGACAAGAUAGAUAUCAACCAUUUCUUUAGCAUCUUGAGUGAUAUUAUCCGUUACUAA